UCAGUCUGUUCCACUUCCAGGCGUCAAAUCAAUUGUAUAAUAUCUUGUAAUAAGUUCAGUGUAGGCAAAGAUGGUCAUGAAAUUUUUCAUCUUUUCCUGUCUCGUCGCUAUUUCCUCGUGUGGAACGCGACAAGCCAACCCAGGCGAGGAAGCGCGCGCCCUCGCCUUGUGGGACCGACUUUGCGCUGGAGGAAAAGAGGGUGGGACAGAAGGAAACAUCUUCAUCCAUUGCAAACACCCCCUCCAAACGCAAACCAAAACUCUGCAAACUUCAAUCCAAGCUCAAACCAGGGACGGAGGCGACCAACGAGAACAAUACAUUUUCGUUGACCCACCGAAAAUCCAUUUCAAUCAUGAGCUUGAAAUCCGUGGCGGAGCAGCUCUCGAACCCAAGACGAUCGUUUACGUCAGACCAGCCAAGACCAGCCACACGUACGAAGCGGACCUCCAAAUUCCUAAGAAUGAGCACAAGAAGCCAGAGCUGGUAUUUUUGUCGUCAUCCGGCGGGAGUGGCGGGGCGAGAGGUCAAGGGGUCGAGGUCGCCCAGAGUUCGGCUCCACUUCCGAUAGUCGCCAAAGCACCUCCAGUGGUUGAGGAGAAUAACAAGCAAGUUAACAAAAGAGAGACUGAGACGGUGAGCGUGAGACCAGUUUACACAAGACCGUAUUCAUCCGUGGUCAGUGUAGCGUCUGCAAGGAAACGGAGAGAUUCGUGGUAAUUUAGGGUGAAAUGGGGUGGAGUCAUUAAAUAAAUUCUAAACAAAUUUUGUAUUAUGUAAAAGUGCGAUGCGUAGUGUACAAUGCGUAUUUAAUAUUUAUUUAUUAAUCUAAUGUAGGUAUUUAUGUAUUUUAGUGUUAAGCCACAUAAAGUGAUGAAGCGAAAUAAAUGUAUAAUGGACAAAUUAAAUACUUAACUAAAAUUAA